UAUCAAGUCAAGCGGGAGUCAAAGCGGAGUCUGGUUUUAGCAGUUUUGUGUUGUUAUUUUGUUUUGCCUUGUACGGCGGGACCACACGAACGAACGCACGAAAAGAAGCUACAUGCCAGCAUCUCAUAUAAGUUAGCGUACCGUAGACGGUGCAGAUAAAACUGUUUUAAAAGGUCGAUUUUGCGCUACGGUGAAGAAUGUCCAAGAGAAGAGGUGUGAGCGCCGAGGAGAAGCGUCAGCGCAUGCUGCAGCUCUUCUACGAGAAGAGAGAUGUAUUCCAGUUAAAGGAGCUGGAGAAACUAGCCCCCAAGGAAAAAGGCGUAAUUGCUCAGGCCGUGAAAGACGUCGUGCAAACGUUGGUCGACGACGGACUGGUGGACUCUGAAAAAAUUGGCACUUCGGUCUACUUCUGGUCAUUCCCCAGUAAGGCUGCAAAUGUGAGGAAGCGCAAGAUUGAGCAUCUGGAAACUGAAGCAGAGACCACUGGGAGAAAACUUGCGGUCACAGAGGAGCAGGUAGAGAAGGCGCGCGUCGGGAGGGAAGAAUCGGAGGAACGUUCCAAGCUGCUGGAGGAUCUGGCACAGGCAGAAACCCACCGCAAGGACCUACUGGCACGUCUCGACAAGUUCAAGGACUGCGACCCUGAUGUGCUGGAUGCCGUCCGUGCUCAGACGGCCACAGCCAGAGACGCCAUCAACCGAUGGACAGACAACAUUUGCAGCAUAAAGUCCUGGGUCAAGAACAAGUUCUUCAUUGAAGACUCAGUCCUCAACAAGCAAUUUGGCAUUCCUGAAGACCUUGACUACUUGUAAGGAUAUAGUUAUAGAUGUUUCCUGCCGACAGCCAAAGGGCCGGUGCUUUAUGCAUUGAUAUGAACAGCUUUGGUGCUGUUAAGUAGAAAACUGAAACACACACAGUCAGAGUGUCUGCCUUUACAGUCCAGCUGUUGAAUGCUCGUGACCCAGAAAUGGACUGAGCGUAGUUUGCAAAAGAUGCUGUCAUAUCUACUGUUUCAAUAAACUGCCC